AUGUUCAGCUGGAUGGGGCGGCAGGCGGGCGGGCGCGAGCGCUCGGGCGGCGCGGACGCGGUGCAGACGGUGACGGGCGGCCUGCGCUCGCUCUACCUGCGCAAGGUGCUGCCGCUGGAGGAGGCGUACCGCUUCCACGAGUUCCACUCGCCCGCGCUGGAGGACGCCGACUUCGACAACAAGCCCAUGAUCCUGCUGGUGGGCCAGUACAGCACGGGCAAGACCACCUUCAUCAGAUACUUACUGGAGCAGGAUUUCCCUGGCAUGAGGAUCGGUCCAGAGCCCACCACCGACUCCUUCAUCGCGGUGAUGUACGGGGAGAACGAGGGCAGCACCCCGGGGAACGCUUUGGUUGUGGACCCCAAGAAGCCAUUUCGAAAGCUCGGUCGCUUCGGAAAUGCUUUCCUGAACCGAUUCAUGUGCUCCCAGCUGCCCAAUCAGGUCCUGAAGAGCAUCAGCAUCAUCGACAGCCCGGGCAUCCUGUCUGGGGAGAAGCAGCGCAUCAGCCGAGGGUACGACUUCUGCCAGGUCCUGCAGUGGUUCGCUGAGCGGGUCGACAGGAUCAUCUUGCUCUUCGACGCUCACAAACUGGACAUCUCGGACGAGUUCUCAGAGGCCAUCAAGGCCUUCCGGGGCCAGGACGACAAGAUCCGCGUGGUGCUGAACAAGGCCGACCAGGUGGACACGCAGCAGCUGAUGCGUGUCUACGGGGCCCUCAUGUGGUCGCUGGGCAAAGUCAUCAACACGCCCGAGGUGCUGCGCGUCUACAUCGGCUCCUUCUGGGCGCAGCCCCUGCAGAACACCGACAACCGCCGGCUCUUUGAGGCCGAGGCCCAGGACCUCUUCAGAGACAUCCAGAGCCUCCCCCAGAAGGCGGCCGUGCGCAAGCUCAACGACCUCAUCAAGCGAGCGAGGCUGGCCAAGGUACACGCCUACAUCAUCAGCCACCUGAAAAAGGAGAUGCCGAGUGUUUUUGGGAAGGAAAACAAGAAACGAGAGCUUAUCGACAGGCUGCCAGAGAUCUACAUUCAGCUGCAGCGAGAAUACCAGAUUUCCGCGGGGGACUUCCCGGAGGUCAAGGCAAUGCAGGAGCAGCUCGAGAACUACGACUUCACCAAGUUCCACUCGCUGAAGCCCAAGCUGAUCGAGGCCGUGGACAACAUGCUGACCAGCAAGAUCUCGUCGCUGAUGAGCCUCAUCAGCCAGGAGGAGCUGAGCGCGCCCGUGCAGCUGGUGCAGGGCGGCGCCUUCGAGGGCUCCUCCCAGGGCCCCUUCAACCAGGGCUACGGGGAGGGCGCCGGGGAGGGCGCCGACGAGGAGGAGUGGGUGGUGGCCAAGGACAAGCCCGUCUACGACGAGCUCUUCUACGCCCUGUCGCCCGUCAACGGCAAGGUCUCCGGCGUCAACGCCAAGAAGGAGAUGGUGACGUCCAAGCUGCCCAACAGCGUCCUGGGCAAGAUCUGGAAGCUGGCCGACUGCGACGGCGACGGCAUGCUGGACGAGGAGGAGUUCGCGCUGGCCAAGCACCUCAUCAAGAUCAAGCUGGACGGCUACGAGCUGCCCAGCCGCCUGCCGCCCCACCUGGUGCCCCCCUCGCACAGGAAGUCCUUCCAGAAGGCUGACUGA